CAAUUAAAUAUUUUUAUUUAAAUUACUUUUAAGUUGAAAAUUUUAAUACAUAUGAAUAAUAAAAAUGAAUAGCUUCGGUUGGACUUUAAUAAUGAAACGUGGCUGUUUUUGUUCGAAGGAAACACUUAACAUCAACUCAACAAAAUACGUAGUGCGUGAGAGAUUAGCUCAAGGAGGUUUCAGUUUAAUAGAUCUGGUGGAGAACAAUAUUACACGAAAAUUAUAUGCCCUUAAGCGUAUUACCUGUCAUAGUUUAGAUGAUCAGAAUAUAGCUUUACGGGAAAUUGAAAAUUGUCAACGCAUUGAUUCAGAACACGUCAUCAAAGUCCUCGAUUUCGAGUUAAAGGGAUCAGCGGAUAUUGUGAUAAAUGCCGUCAGUCAUUUGUAUAUAGUGUUGCCUUACUAUAAACACGGUUCCUUGGCAGAUCAUUUGACCAUGCGAGCUAAAAAACGAGAUCACAUGCCCGAAGCUCAGAUAAUGCAAAUAUUUCUGGGUAUUUGCGAAGGUGUGCGGGCCAUACACGAUGCUAAACCAGUGCCACUCGCCCAUAGGGACCUAAAAACUGCAAAUAUUUGCCUGAACGAUUCUUUUGAACCCAUUAUUGUGGACUUAGGAUCAAUGACUGAAGCCCGCCUACAAAUUUGCGGUCAAACACAAGCGCAACGCUUACAAGAUGAAGCAGAAGAACGAAGUUCAAUAGUUUAUCGAGCUCCUGAACUAUUUUCUGUGAAAUCUUAUUGUACAAUUGAUGAACGCACAGAUAUUUGGAGCUUAGGUUGUCUCUUAUAUGCUAUGUGCUUUUUUCAUUGCCCUUUCGAUCCCAUUUACGAAAAAGGCGAUAGCGUAGCUUUGGCGGUAUUAAGUGGGAACAUUAACAUUCCUGAUGAAAACAUUUACUCGCAAGACAUCCACGAUUUAAUACGUUAUAUGUUACGUAUGGAUCCCAUGGAACGCCCGUUUAUUUAUAGCGUUAUUGAAAAAUGUCACGACCUGAUACAAAAACUAGAUGGACGUGUUUAGCAGCAUUCCGUUCUACGUAUAAAUUUAUGACAUUUAUUUCCAACUUACUUUCCUUAUUCGUUUACCUAUAUUAAGAGAAAUAGU